AUGAAUCAACAAUGGACCAAUGGGUUUGGUCAACAAUUAACUGGACUCAAUCCAAUUGUUUCAUCAAUCGAAAAUCGGGGAAACAACAAUUUGCUAACUAACCCUUUCGGUAUUCUGGUCAACCGACCUGCCGAUUCAUCGUCGACAUCAGAGGUGGAAGUAAAUGUGCCAGUGUCUUUUCCGAAUCAAGGAUUAUCCUCAUCAUCAAUCGUCGAAGCGAUUGAACAACAAUUUGCACCAUGGAAAGAAUCGACCUCUUCUUCGGCCUCAUCAUCAGCUCGAGGUUCGAGUGUUGACCUACAAGAGGUCGCAGCUUUUGAAUUGAAUAAAAUGCUACAAAAAGCACAAUCAGCUCAAUGGAAUUUACCGAAAAUUCAAAUCUUCUUCGCCCUCUUCGUUGAAAGCUCAAGUGAAUAUACCUCAGUUUCCAACUACGAAAGCAUCAACUUUUCGUCAACAUCGUCAGCUUCCACAGCGAACAACCAACAAGAACAGUUUGUUCGUGAAUUGGCUGAUGCGAUGAGUAAGCAACAACAAUCGGUGUCUGUGAAAGCAUCUGAAUCUGUCGCAUCUUCGAAAACUCCAUCUUCCUCUUACAAAACAUCCACAAUUCCGUCUCAUUCCGCCUCACCAGUAACUUCGCCUUCGAACCCCUCGCCUUCCAUAAGCUUAUCAUUCUCUCCAAGAGCAACAUUAGAAUCUUCCUUUGAUAAACCUUCGUCGUCGUCAUUAGUAACUCAGACUAAACAAUUGCCUUCGACGGCCUCAUCUGUGUCUCCUAAAGUAACCUUGACUACGAAACCAUCACCUCAGUCAACCCUUGAGACAAAAGCAUCACCAGUACCUCAUUCAAAUUCAUUGACAUCUUCAUUCCAAUCUCCCUCUGCCUCUUCAUCAUCAGAAACUCAUACUAAACAAUUGCCUCCAAUCAUCUCAUCAGUAUCUUCACCGACAACUGAACCAACACAAGAGACACAGAUCUCCGUUAAAGUUACGAAAGCUCCGUCAGAAUCAACUAACAAACCUGAAAAAUCCAAAAUCACAAUAACAGCAUCUCCAUCUUCUCAUAUCGACACUAAACCAUCACAAAUAACGGAACGAAUUUCCCCAACAUUAACAAUCAAAACUCAAGGAAAUACUUUGAAUACCCAAAGUUCAUCUUCUAAAUCAGAAGAGGAAAUAAUUGUGCCAAUAUCUUUAUCGACAGAAAAAGCUUCCUCUUCAAAAUCUUCGCCAUCAACCCGAUCAGAGGAACAUGAAUUUCCAUCUUGGAAGGCCACAGUUUCUUCAUCGAUAUCAACUGGAUCCCAGGCUAAGACUUUGAGUUACGAUCAACAACAAGAACUCGCAGCUUUAGUAUCAGCUCAGAUUUCACAGAGUAAACAGUCAAGCCAAAAUGGAGUGUGGACUUCAGCCCAAGCAGAUCAACAGACUACAUCUAAUAAGCAACAAAAAUCAGUUACACACGAUUCGGUAUCUUCAUCUUUAUCUUCAGUAACUCUUACGAAACCUUAUUCGUCUCCUCUAGUAACUUUGACAGCAAAAGUAUCACCAGUGUCUCAUUCAGAUUCAUUAACAUCAUCAUUCCAAUCUCCCUCUUCAUCACCAGAAACUCAUACUAAACAAUUACCUUCGACGGUCUCAUCCUUGUCUUCACCGACAACUAAACCAUCAAAAACAACGGAACAAAUUUCCCCGACAUCAAGUGCACCGGACUUUUCCUCGCCAUCGAUAACUUCUCGAGUUACUCAAAUACGAAUGAAAAGACCCCCAGAUGGAACAGAAUAUAAAAAAGAAUCAGAUUAUGUUAAUCCGAAUAUUGUAAUACCUAAACUCGAAUUCUAUCAUAAUGUACCUAACGAAGGCCAAGUUAAUAAUCAAAAAGUCAAUUUGGAGUUUUCAGAAGAACAAGUUUCUCCGUCGAUAUCUACUCCUUCCUCAACCAUUACAUUGAGUUACGAUCAACGACAAGAGAUCGCAAUUCAAGCAUUAGCUCAGAUGUUACAAAAAGAACAAUCAAAAUAUUCUUCAUCCUCUUCUUCAAUAGAAUCUUCUAAAAUAAAUGUUCCUUCACAAGAAUCAUCAACUCUUUCAUCUUCUACUAUAUCAAAAGCUUCUCCAAACACUGAACCUCUUUCGGAACUUGUGUCAGAUGAAACUGAAUUUCCUUCUUUAUCUCCUUCAUCCGGAUUUUCUUCCUCAACAGCGACUGAACCUUCGAACGAGGCUUCUUCCAUAAGCUUAUCAUUCUCUCCAAGAGCAACAUUAGAAUCUUCCUUUGAUAAACCUUCGUCGUCGUCAUUAGUAACUCAGACUAAACAAUUGCCUUCGACGGCCUCAUCUGUGUCUCCUAAAGUAACCUUGACUACGAAACCAUCACCUCAGUCAACCCUUGAGACAAAAGCAUCACCAGUACCUCAUUCAAAUUCAUUGACAUCUUCAUUCCAAUCUCCCUCUGCCUCUUCAUCAUCAGAAACUCAUACUAAACAAUUGCCUCCAAUCAUCUCAUCAGUAUCUUCACCGACAACUGAACCAACACAAGAGACACAGAUCUCCGUUAAAGUUACGAAAGCUCCGUCAGAAUCAACUAACAAACCUGAAACAUCUAAAAUCACAAUAACAGCAUCUCCAUCUUCUCAUAUCGACACUAAACCAUCACAAAUAACGGAACGAAUUUCCCCGACACCAAGUUCAUCGGAAGUUUCGAGUCCAUCGAUAACUUCUCGAGUUACUCAAAUACGAAUGAAAAGACCUCCAGAUGGAACAGAAUAUAAAAAAGAAUCUGAUUAUGUUAAUCCGAACAUUGUGAUACCUAAACUUGAAUUCUAUCAUAAUGUACCUAACGAAGGCCAAGUUAAUGAUCAAAAAGUCAAUUUGGAGUUUUCACGAGAACAAGUUUCUCCGUCGAUAUCCGUUCCUUCCUCAACCAUUACAUUCAGUUACGACCAACAACAAGAACUUGCAGCUCGAGCAUUAGCUCAGAAUUUACAAAAAGAACAAUCAAACCAAUGGAAUAAACCAAAUAUCGACCAACAAUCCGCUAUGAGUUCGUCAUCUUCUGCAUCAGCAUCUUCGACAUCACAAUCAGGUGCAACUUUUGAUUCACCAUUCAAUUGGCCGCAAAAAGAGUUAAUAUCUUCUAAAUCGUCUUCAUCUGCAUCCGCAUCCGCUUCUUCAGAAGCUGAGAUAGAUACUCCAUUUGGAAAAGUAUUGAAAGACUCUUCCUCAUCAUCGGCAUCAGCUGAAUCUUCAGUUGGAGUAUUGAACUACGACCAACAAGAACUUGCAGCUCGAGCAUUAGCUCAGAAUUUACAAAAAGAACAAUCAAACCAAUGGAAUAAACCAAAUACCGACCAACAAUCCGCGAUAUAUUCGUCCUCUUCUGCAUCAGCAUCUUCGACAUCAGAAUCAGGUGUAACUUUUGAUUCACCAACCAAUUGGCCUCAAAAAGAGUUAAUAUCUUCUAAAUCGUCGUCAUCUGCAUCCGCAUCCGCUUCUUUAGAAGCUGAGAUGGAUACUCCAUUUGGAAAAGUAUUAAAAGACUCAUCUUCAUCAUCGGCAUCAGCUGCAUCUUCAGUUGGAGUAUUGAGUUACGACCAACAACAAGAACUCGCGGCUCAAGCAUUAGCUCAGAAUUUCCAAAAUAAAAUGUCCAACCAAAAUGGAAUGGGGAAUAUACCCAAUAAUCAGCAGCCAUUUACUAGUUAUUCUUCGGCAUCUUCUGCAUCAGCAUCCGCGAAAUCAGAAUCAGAUGUAACUUUUGAUUCGCCUAACAAUUGGCCUCAGAAAGAGUUAUUAUCUUCUAAAUCAUCAUCAUCUGCGUCCUCGUCCUCUUCAUCUAAUUCUGAACUAAUCUUCCCUGAAUCAUCCGUCCUGAAAGAAUCAAUUAAAUCUGAUUCUUCUGCUACAACAUCUUCAGAUAGUAAGGAAACAGUAAAUCUCUCACAACAAUGGCCUAAAAAGGUGUUAGCGUCUUCUAGAUCGUCGUCGGCUGCGUCCGCAUCAUCUAAGUUAGAAGCUGAAGUUGAUAGUCAGUUUGGAAAAGCAUUGGAAGCCUCAUCAUUUGGAUCAGGUGCAUCUUCAGCCGGAGUAUUGAGUUACGAUCAACGACAAGAGUUCGCAAUUCAAGCAUUAGCUCAGAUGUUACAAAAAGAACAAUCAAAUCAAUGGAGUAAACCAAAUAACGAGCAACAAUCAACUAUUUAUUCAGCGUCUUCUGCUACAACAUCUUCAGAUAGUAAGGAAACAGUAAAUCUCUCACAACAAUGGCCUGAGAAGGAAUUAUUAUCAACUAGAUCAUCGUCGGCUGCGUCUACAUCCUCUUUGUCAGAAGCACAAGAUGACACUCAGUAUGGAAAAGCAUUCAAAGAUUCAUCCGCAUCAUCAGCUUCAGUUGAUUCUUCAGCUAAGACAUCGAAUUACGAUCAGCAACAAGAACUUGCAGCUCAAGAAUUAACUCAAAAUUUACAAAAAGAACAAUCAGCUAUUUACUCGGCUUCUUCUGCUUCAGCGUCUUCUAAAUCAGAAUCGGAUGUAAUUUUUGAUUCACCUACCAAUUGGCCACAGAAAGAAUCAUCAUCUUCUAAAUCGACGUCAUCUGCAUCCUCUUCAUCAAGUUCUGAAUUAAUCUUACCCAAAUCUUUAGUCGUGCAAGAAUCCGUUAAGACGGCUUCUUCUGCUGCAGCCUCUUCAGAUACAAAAGAAACUGUAAAUCUCUCACAACAAUGGCCUGAGAAGGAAUUAUUAUCGACUAGAUCAUCGUCAUCUGCGUCCGCAUCCGCUUCUUCAGAAGCUGAGAUAGAUACUCCAUUUGGAAAAAACUACGACCAACAAGAACUUGCAGCUCGAGCAUUAGCUCAGAAUUUACAAAAAGAACAAUCAAACCAAUGGAAUAAACCAAAUACCGACCAACAAUCCGCGAUAUAUUCGUCCUCUUCUGCAUCAGCAUCUUCGACAUCAGAAUCAGGUGUAACUUUUGAUUCACCAACCAAUUGGCCUCAAAAAGAGUUAAUAUCUUCUAAAUCGUCGUCAUCUGCAUCCGCAUCCGCUUCUUUAGAAGCUGAGAUGGAUACUCCAUUUGGAAAAGUAUUGAAAGACUCUUCCUCAUCAUCGGCAUCAGCUGAAUCUUCAGUUGGAGUAUUGAACUACGACCAACAAGAACUUGCAGCUCGAGCAUUAGCUCAGAAUUUACAAAAAGAACAAUCAAACCAAUGGAAUAAACCAAAUACCGACCAACAAUCCGCGAUAUAUUCGUCCUCUUCUGCAUCAGCAUCUUCGACAUCAGAAUCAGGUGUAACUUUUGAUUCACCAACCAAUUGGCCUCAAAAAGAGUUAAUAUCUUCUAAAUCGUCGUCAUCUGCAUCCGCAUCCGCUUCUUUAGAAGCUGAGAUGGAUACUCCAUUUGGAAAAGUAUUAAAAGACUCAUCUUCAUCAUCGGCAUCAGCUGCAGCUUCAGUUGGAGUAUUGAGUUACGACCAACAACAAGAACUCGCGGCUCAAGCAUUAGCUCAGAAUUUCCAAAAUAAAAUGUCCAACCAAAAUGGAAUGGGGAAUAUACCCAAUAAUCAGCAGCCAUUUACUAGUUAUUCUUCGGCAUCUUCUGCAUCAGCAUCCGCGAAAUCAGAAUCAGAUGUAACUUUUGAUUCGCCUAACAAUUGGCCUCAGAAAGAGUUAUUAUCUUCUAAAGCGUCGUCGUCAGCAGCCGCAUCCUCUUCGUCUAAAGCUGAAUCACAAUUUCCGUUUUGGAAGAAUCAUGCAGAAGUUGGAUUGACACCAUUAAUCUUUGCUCAAAAAGACGCAUCAGCAUCGUCGUCUUCUGCUGUACUACUUGAUAAAUUCGAUAUAAAUCAACAACAAACACCUUCUUCUGCAAUAUCAUCAUCUCAAGAUUCGCCGUCUUCAGCUGCAUCUCACUCAGAAUCACUUCAAAGUCCAUUAACUUUGAGUCAAAUCUUAAAGGACAUCCAUUCAAUCCCUCGAUCAGCUUCAUCUCCAAAGGUAAAUGUUCAAGGUAACCAGGAUGAUUCCUCGUCUCAAGCAGCUCAACGAAGAUCACAGGAUCAAAAACAAGUGAAUUUAUCUCAAUCAGAAUCAACAAGUUCGAGCUCAUCCUCAUCCUCGUCUUCAUCUCAAAUCCAAUCAGUUCUAACUGCAGAUCAACCUCAAGCAAUUGAAUCAUCAAAAUCAAAAAUAAAUAGCAAACAAUCAGAACAAGAUGAAACUUUAGCACUUGAAAAGAAAUUAAAUAAUCAACAAUUAGAAAGUUCAUCAUCAGCUGAGGCUAAAUAUCGAAUCAAAUCAGCGCAUGAAGGUCAAGCCACGACUCACCAUCGAACCAGUCAAUCCUUGAUGAAUCUACUAAAUGCUUUACGAAAUCAAUUAAAAGUAACCAAUCAACAAUUAACUGGCGAUCAAACAGAAGACUUGAUAAUUUUACAAUUAAGACGAGAAAUAUCACAAUCGAGCACAAUUGAACAGCUACAAAGAAUAUACAGAAUAAUGAUUAUUCAGCCACCAGAAAUUCAACAAGCAAUUAAAUUACAAAUGAUUUUGAAAGCGGUUCAAUUACAACAAUCGCACAAUGAACAAUCAACAGCCGAGGAAAUUGAUUCAGUUCAAAGGCUAAUUCUAAGUCUCAUCGAACAUGAUGAAUUCAUGGAACAUGGAACUGGACUUUUGGAAGAGAUCACAUCAGGAGUGGAAAGUGUGGUCAGUGAUAUUAUCGGAUGAUAAUCGAUAAUAACAAUUAACUCUAAUUGGAAAACUCCAAUGGUCAACCUAUUGAAAGAAAAAGAGAAAAAAAAUUCCCGAACAAUUUAAAAUACAAAAUUGAAACGAAACAAUCAAAUUAUAUUAAUCAUAUUCUAACCAUAUAAUGGAAACAUAAAUAAACAUUAAAAAUCUGAUUAAAUGUUGAUUCCAAAUUCAUGGUGAUUAAAGUUAAUCGUUGAACAAUUAAGAUUGGAAAUAAUAAAAAACAUUCAAUUUUAAUGUUAAUCAAUGUUAAUUUGAUUUAGGAACUGGUUGUUAAUAACAUUCAGACUCAUUUAAUUUAGUCCCGCUGGGAAAUUGUAAGUUUGAUUGAAAAUAAUUCUGUUUGUUAAUUGUUAUGAUUUAAGCCCAACAGUCAAAAGGCUGGAUUGUUGUUAAUUGUUGAUAAUAAACGAAUAAUUUUUUUCUCUCUUUGUUAA